AGAACCCGCCAAUUUCCUGAAUUUCCAAUGUUCUUAACAAAACCCAAACCCUGCCUCUGCACAAAGUACAAAAAAUCUGUAUAACUCCGCCGGAAAAAUUCACCAACGGCGGCGGCGGCGACGACGACGAAGAUGAUAAUCGAGAAAGUGGAAUUAGGAACGGUGAAUGCAUCAGCAUCACCGGCUUACAAAUCGCCCUUCACCAUCGGCGAUGAAGUCGAGGUUAGUAGAGAGGAAGUGGGUUAUAGUGGAGCUCGCUACGAAGCCGUCAUUGUUGAACCAUGGAAGCCAGCGGCUCCGUCUCCGUACCCUAAAAGCGAAAAUAAGAAAAGGGGUUUUUGGGUUCAGUACAAGCAUUUGUUAUCUGACAAAGGUGAAUCGGUAUCUAAACGCGAGUUCGUCAGAAAACAGUCCCUUAUACGACCCGCACCACCGGUUGCGAAGUGGGAUCAGCGGCGGUCUUUUCGAGUGGGCGAUGUUGUUGAUGCAUUUCAUCUUGCAGGGUGGUGGCCUGGGGUUGUUGUUUCAAUUGUUUGGGAUGAUGGUGAUAAUAAUGGUUGUAGGUUCCGGGUUGCUUUCAAGGACCCGGAUGAGGAGAUUGAAUUUUCUGAACAUGACUUGAGGUUUCAUCUGGAUUGGGUUGGUGGAAAUUGGGUCCGUCCUGAGCCGCCACAUGAAAAGAUGUCUCUUCAAUUGGGAACUCCAAGUCCUACAUUAAAUCAUAUGAUCAAGGGAACAACCUCUUCUAAGAUGAAACUGGAAACAGAUACUAGGACUGAUGAGGUACGGCCUCCGAAGAAGUUAAGAAGUAGAAAACAUAUUGUAGAAGCUUUGAAGAAUCAAGAAUUACCUAGGCCUUUUGUAUCUGGGAAGGCAUUUACUAGAAAAUCAAGAUUACUUGAUUUUGUAGAAAACCAAGAUUACUUUGAAAGUGUGGUUGAUGUGGGAAUCCUUUCACCCUGUGUCCAGUCUCUCCAGCACACCGGAGAUGAGGAUGCAAACCUAAGUGAUUUUGAAUUUCCAAUUAUUGAGGGAAGCAGAAAGAGAAGUACCAUGGACCUGUCUGCCCAUAGAUCACUUGCUGUGACACAAGGUGUGGAGAAACAAGUACUUGAAAGCACUCUCCAUGACUCGUUUAAUGAACAGAAUGCAACAAAUCAAGCCGAGUUAUCUUCAAGAAAAACUGAUGGGAUAAAUACUUCAGCAGGAGCCUCUGCUGCAGCAGUCCAACCAUGUGCUGGGACCACUAUGCCUGAGAUUGAGCCGAGGUUGGUACUACCAUUUAAGAAGAACUCUGCUCUUUGGAGAGAAUUUGAAUCCAUGGAAGUAUUUAGAAAAAUUCUGCAAAAUCCACAUUUUUCACCUUUAGCACAAUAUGAGGAGAAUAAACGAGAAGAAGUAGCUUUACUGAAGAUGACGAAGUAUGUUUUUUUUGUUGAGAGGAUACCAAAGUUAACCGUUGCUGAACUUAGUAGUUCAGCUCUCAUUAGUGAGAUGCUGGACACUAUCAAGGACUUGGAGGAGUAUGGAUUUGAUCUAAUACCGAUUGAAUGUCAUUUGAAUGAUUUGAUGUUGAACAACGAGAAGCAAACUCAGCUCCGAAGCAAGUUGGAAGAAGAGGAGGGUAAACUCAAAACAUUCCUUCUUGACAAAGCAGUUGCUAAAAACGAGAUUAACAAGAUUGCUUUGAAGAUAAAGGAUCUAGAGAAACAACUUAUGUCAGCCAAAACCAUGAUUGAGACAAUGGAGCAUCAUAUCAAGGUAUCAGGAUCUUUAAAGGGUGACAUUUGUGAUGACAUUCGUCACGCUGAGCGUGAUUUUGAAGCAACAGUGGCUUCAGUGAAGCAAAUCUUCAGCUGAAAGAGAACUUCACCUUUUGUAAAUCUUCAUAUGAAAGACAACUGAUUUCGUCGAAAUGUUGGUAAGUUAAGAAAUCCUUGCCGAUUUCAGUUUUACAUAGGAGUAGUAUGUUUCUCAUUAAAAA